UCAUACAAGAACGCCGAAAGAGCAGGCCCAUCAUCUUUUUACAUUACCCUAACCCCUCACUGGGCCCAACUCAUAUAACAGCAUUUCCAUCGAAUUUACAAUUUCACCCUCCCCAAGUCCUUUAUAAACGAACCUCCUUCCUUUCUUAGCUCACAGACAUCCGCUUUCUUUUCUCAGGCAAAACCCUCUCUUCACAAAGUCACAAAACUCUUUGAAAAUCUUUCAAACUGCCAAAAAUGGCUAAAGGCAGCAACAAGCUAAUCAAGCUCAAGUCAGUUCUCAAGAAGCUAAACUCAUUCCACAACAAGCAAAGCCGCCAGACAUCAAGCUCAGAGGUGGCGGCUUCGGACAUCGACAAGGAAUCAUCGGCCAAUCUCCAUCCUGUCUACGUUGGAAAAUCGCGUAGGCGAUACCUAAUUCGCUCCGACAUUAUUGACAACCCAUUGUUCCGGGAACUCGCUGAACGGUCGGGCGAAAACGACACCGUCAUCAACGUGUCGUGCGAGGUUGUCUUGUUCGAACACUUGCUUUGGAUGCUCGAAAAUGCUGAUCCUCAACCUGAGUCUUUGGAGGAGCUUGUUGAGUUUUACACUUGUUGAUUGUUUUGAAGAUCAAAAGAAAUGCUCCCGUGCGGUCAUUCGCAUGGUACCGAAGUUGUACAUUAUGUAAUGAUAAUAAUGUGAUUAGGCGGUGUUGAAGAAACAAGAAAUGAUUGUAGAGAGGAAAAGGGACUGCGCUGAUUAAAAUUUGAAGGAAGAUCAGAUGGAGAGAGAGAGAGAGAGAGUUAAUUUCGACGGUGAGGAUUUAACCCAGUGCACGCCGGCUAAUCUGUAAGCCUGGGGGAUUAUAUUUGUGUAUCAUUGUUGUUAAUUGUCAUUUUUAUAUAAUUAUAUAUAAGAGAUUAAUGUUCAUUUUUCUUAUAUAAAUUAGAACUCUGUCACAUUUUUGUAUGGUUUCAAUGAUUUGAUCUGACAAAGAAACUGGAGAAGAGAUAUGGGGGAAAUGUUGAAAUCCUUGUCAUUCAAUCUUUAUCUCAAAGUACAGUACAACAAGGUUUGGGCUCUCCCAUCUUUUAUGUUUGUCUUCGUAUCGUGACCCUAACAAUGUCUAUUUAUCAAGUGAAGUACAGUUUGUCAAAUGGAAAAAUGUUAAGUUUGAUGAUAUGAUUAAAAUUUGGCCCCAGGGAGAAGCAAAAGUAAAAAAAGUUGCGAGAAAAGGGUUCCCCCAGAAAGAUGAGAAAAGCCUAUCAAGAAUUCAGGAUUCAGGAACCUCAAGUAAUAAAACCCUUUCUCUUUUCUCUUGGGGCUGGAAAUUUCAGUCACAUUUUGAAUUUGUAGAAAUUAGUAGUAUUAUGGAGUACUUCGUUGCAUUGCCUAUUUGCCCUACAACUUUUGUCAA